AUGCCUAACAACAACAACGAUCCAAUUGAAGUCGCAAGCGUAGUGAACAAGCAGGCUUUUGGAGAAAAAUAUGAAGUUGUCUAUUUUGACAGCUUAAACUCCAUGCCCCCUGACCAUGAUGAUCCACAACAGAUAAAGAAACAACAGAGUUUUCAGGGCUCUAGCAACAAGGACCUUGAAGUUGCCAAUGAUCAUCCCUGCCAAACCAAAAUAUCAGCGAUCCGGAGGAGGACGGCACCUUUAAUGCUUUAUAUCGUGUCUAUAGCACAGUUCAUUGAUAUCAUGAAUGGAUCUGCUAUGGCAGUAGCUUUAGUAGACAUAUCCAAAAGCCUUGGCUUUGACAACUUCUCCACCCAGUGGAUCAUCAGCUCUUAUAUCGUCACCUUCGGAGGAUUCUUGUUGCUCGCUGGGCGUACUGGAGACAUAUACGGCCAUCGUACUGUCUUCUUGAUCGGCCAAAUUUGGUUCGGUCUUUGGUCCCUCGUUGUCUCCUUCUCCACCACUCCUGCUAUGUUCUGUAUCACGCGAGCCUUACAAGGGAUUGGCGCCAGUAUGAGUGUUCCAACAGCAUUGGGUAUCAUCACUACCACAUUUCCUGAAGGACCGAAGCGUACACGGGCUCUUUCAAUCUUUGGUGGAUUCGGUGCGGCCGGAGCUGUGAUCGGUCUCCUACUCGCUGGUGCUUUGAUUGCGUCCAUGACCUGGAACUGGAUUUUUCGAUUCUCUGCAAUAUUCUCCUUUAUCCUCUUUGGACUUGGCCUCCUGGCUAUCCCAUUACCAACCUCAGUGGAGAAGAAAGACGAUCAUAAGCCCAAUAUAGAUGUCGCAGGAGCCUUAACUGUGACUUCCAGUCUAAUCUGCAUCAUUUAUUACAUUUCCACAGGUCCUGCGAUCGGUUGGGGCUCUGCCCAAACCUUACCCGUACUGGCGGCAGGCUUAGUUCUGAUGGGUGUGUUUCUGUGGCUGGAAAUACGCUCGGUGAGCAACCCAAUUAUGCCUCUCCGAAUAUGGCAUCUCAAGAGCUUUCCAUCUGCGUUUCUGGCUGUUCUAUUUUUGCAGGGUCAAUUUCAAGGAUUUGUUUAUUAUUCGACUCUGAUUUUCCAAAACGUACUGAGUUACGAUUCGAUGAAGACCGCACUAGUAUUUCUACCACACAGUAUUGGUGCAAUCAUUGCAUUCGCAAUCCUAGGCAAGAUCUUGCCCAGGUGUCGCCUCAAGCCUUUCAUAUUGACAGGGUUUAUGCUUCGGUGUGGGGCAGCUCUGAUGUUUGCUUUUGUGAACACAAAUACUUCAUAUUGGACGUUGCCGUUCCUUGGGUUGUUGAUCCAUGUUGCCGGAUUGGGGACUUCAGUUCUGCCGGUGCAGAUCACAGCACUAAAAGAUGCUCAAAAGGAGGAUCAAGGGGUCGUUGGGGGCGCUGUACUCAACAGGUAUGCAGUUAGGUGCACCUUUGGGCUUGGCGAUUGUCACAGUUAUCUCAGAAAACACUGUGAAAAGUGCCGAUAA